AUGAUACACCCACACGUACUCGUCUUCCUACAGCAUACCCCUCCCAUCCUGGUCUUCUCCUCAUGCCCCUCCCCUCAUGCCCCUCUCCUCAUGCCCCUCUCCUCAUGCCCCUCUCCUCAUGCCCCUCUCCUCAUGCCCCUCUCCUCAUGCCCCUCUCCUCAUGCCCCUCUCCUCAUGCCCCUCUCCUCAUGCCCCUCUCCUCAUGCCCCUCUCCUCAUGCCCCUCCCCUCACGCCCUCCCCAUAAUCAUGCCCCUCCCGCUGACGCCUCUCACCGUGUUCACGCCGGAAAGUCCCCGAUAAUCCCCUCCCCUCAUGCCGCCUUCAUCCAUGCUUCCCUCACGCGCCUCCCCCUGACGCCCCUCACCGUAUUCACGCCGGAAAGGUCGUUCGUGCGGAACAAGUCGACCAUUCUCCCCAGAAACUGGACGAUAACAGCAGAAGUCAUUUCUGAGUCCCCAAUAAUCCCCUCCCCUCAUGCCGCCUUCAUCCAUGCUUCCCUCACGCGCCUCCCCCUGACGCCCCUCACCGUAUUCACGCCGGAAAGGUCGUUCGUGCGGAACAAGUCGACCAUUCUCCCCAGAAACUGGACGAUAACAGCAGAAGUCAUUUCUGAGUCCCCAAUAAUCCCCUCCCCUCAUGCCGCCUUCAUCCAUGCUUCCCUCACGCGCCUCCCCCUGACGCCCCUCACCGUAUUCACGCCGGAAAGGUCGUUCGUGCGGAACAAGUCGACCAUUCUCCCCAGAAACUGGACGAUAACAGCAGAAGUCAUUUCUGAGUCCCCAAUAAUCCCCUCCCCUCAUGCCGCCUUCAUCCAUGCUUCCCUCACGCGCCUCCCCCUGACGCCUCUCACCGUAUUCACGCCGGAAAGGUCGUUCGUGCGGAACAAGUCGACCAUUCUCCCCAGGAACUGGACGAUAACAGCAGAAGUCAUUUCUGAGUCCCCAAUAAUCCCCUCCCCUCAUGCCGCCUUCAUCCAUGCUUCCCGCACGCGCCUCCCCCUGACGCCCCUCACCGUGUUCACGCCGGACAGGUCGUUCGUGCCGAACGAGUCCACCAUUUUCCCCAGGAACAGGAACGAGAUCGGCAGCGCGGCGCCGUGA